GGCAGUUAACGCUAGAGACUGCUGGUGAUCGGAGAUGACGGACGAAUACAAGGAAGUUUCUCCUGUGGUCCAAACGACCCAUGGAAAAGUGAAGGGAACACUUCUGAAGGGCAUCUAUGACGAUCAGUUCUACGCUUUUGAUGGCAUUCCAUAUGCUGUUCCUCCACUCGGAACUCUCCGCUUUAAGGAGCCCCACGCUCUUAAGCCAUGGCAUGGAAUUCGAGAUUGCUCCAAGCCAUUAAACAAGUGCCUUCAAGUUAGCUCCGUAACCAAGUUGGUGGAAGGCUCCGAGGACUGCCUUUACCUUAAUAUAUCAGUUAAAACUCUGAUCGGCGAUCCUAUGCCCAUAAUGGUUUAUAUCCAUGGAGGUGCCUUUAAGGGCGGUGAUUCUUCGAGACGGGCUUGGGGUCCGGACUAUUUUAUGAAGGAAAACGUUGUCUAUAUAAGCAUUGGCCAUCGGCUGGGACCAUUGGGUUUUCUGAGUUUUGAGGACCCAACUCUAGAAAUUCCCGGCAAUGCUGGUCUUAAGGACGUAAUAUUGGGUCUUGAAUGGAUCAAGGCAAAUGCUGUUAACUUCAAUGGAGACCCUGAUAGAAUUACUAUUUUUGGUCACAGCUCCGGCAGCAUGACCGUUCAAUUGCUGUUGGCAAGUCCCCGAGCAGAAGGACUGUUCCACAGAGCCAUACUUUUGGCUGGAAUAUCCCUGGAAGUCAAUCGUCUGCCGCAAAUGGAAUACCGUCUGGCCAAACAUUUGGGAUACGAAGGAGAGAACAUCGAUAGCCAGGUUUUAGAGUUCCUUUUGAAGGCAGAUCCGCAUCUCCUCGUCUCUGCUGAUUUUUUUACUCCCGUGGAGAAAAGUCAAGGGAUUUCUAUGGCCUUCAGGCCGAGUAUAGAGAGCUAUGUGACUCCAAAUGCUGUUCUUUUAGCGGAACCCAUUGACCUCCAGCGAACAUCUUGGAGCAAUCGAAUUCCCAUCAUCUUGGGCGCCAACAGUGGCGAGGGCAUGACUGUCAUAAACUUCUUGAAAUUGAAUCCGACAUGGCUGAAGAACUUUCAGCACAAUCCAGAGCGUGCAUUACCGUGGACCCUAAGAAGUCGCUGUGAUCCCGGCCAGCGGCGUCAGUUGGGUCAAGAGCUGAUCCACCACUUCUGCCAGGCCCACGGACAUGAGUUGACUUUGAAUCACGGAAAUGCUAUAAUGGACCUCUUUAACCAUGGCUUUGUGCAUACAUUAGACCGAUUGAUCCAAUCCAGAUUGACUUACGGGCAGGCACCCACUUACCUUUAUCGCUUCGAUUUCGAUUCCCCGGACUUUAAUUUCUACAGGAUUCGCUUUAUGGGUAAAGAGCAGCGGGGAGUGGGUCAUGUGGACGAACUGGGAUACAUUUUCGUGCUCCCCGCCACCUUUAAGUUGGACAAAUCUCGACCAGAGUUCACUGCCAUCUGUCAAAUGGUUGCCAUGUUUGUUCACUUCGCAGCCACAUCAGAUCCCAAUGCUCCACUAACUAAGGAACUGGUGGAAUGGAAGCCAGUGACUCGAUUUGGCAAACGAAUGGUUCUCAACAUCAGUGAGGAACUAAAGUUUAUUCCCCAUCCAGAUAUGCCGAAGCUAAAGUUUUUCGAUCGUCUUUAUGAAAAGGCCGGAGUGCCAUUAUUUUAACUAAAAAUCGAUUGUUCAAAAAUAAAUUUAAAGGAGUA